AUGGACCUAUUUAAUUCUGCUUUUGGAAAAAAUAUAACUUUUGUGCGCCCUGCGUAUUUUGUAAUAAAUGGAUUUAUUGGCUUACCUAACAUGAAGUACUACUACAUCUUUCUCUUUUUUCUGUAUAUAAUCGCCGUGGUGGGGAACACAGCUGUAAUGGCCAUAAUAUUCCUAGAUCAUAAUCUGAGAUCUCCAAAGUAUGUUGCCGUUUUUAACCUUGCAUUUGUGGACCUGUUAGGCAGCUCUGCUCUGGUCCCAAAGGUUAUUGAUGUUUUUCUGUUUAACCAUAAUGUAAUUCCCUACAAUGACUGCUUGACAUUCCUUUUUUUCUGCUACACUUGCCUUUCAAUGCAGUCUUUUAAUCUGGUUGCUCUCUCCUAUGACCGACUAGUUGCCAUCAUAUUUCCUCUUCACUAUCAAGUGAAAGUAACCUACAGGUCUAUGUUGUCUUUGAUUGCAUGUUUCUGGAUCUUAGUUAUUAUUGCUGUGUUAAUUGCAGUUGGCCUCCUUACAAGGCUUUCCUUCUGUAAGUCUGUCGUUAUUAACAGCUAUUUCUGUGACCACGGGCAGAUCUACCGCCUUGCUUGCAAUGACAAUUUUCCAAAUGAUGUGAUUGGAUUUUUUUAUCCUGUUCUUAUUUUUUGGCUUCCACUUGUUUUCAUACUUUUAAGUUACCUAUAUAUUAGUUACACUUUAGCUAAAGUGGCAACGUUUCAACAAGGAAUCAAAGCCUUUAAGACAUGUAUAGCUCAUCUUUCAUUAGUGGUUGUCUAUUUUACCCCUCUGUUGAUCACAUUUACAUUGAUGGGCAAAAUACAUCCAAAUUAUAGAAUCAUAAACUUAUCUUUGACCUCUGUGCUGCCACCAAUGUUGAAUCCAAUCAUUUAUGUUUUGCAGACACAUGAAAUCAAAGUGUCAAUGAAAAAAUUAUUAAAAAUCUUUUUGAAAUCAAAAAUAAGAAUUACAAAUUCUACUACAAUGUGA